AUGGGUAAAGGUUUCAAUAAUUAUAUGUGUAAGAAAUUCUUUCAUCCUGCAUCAAGAGACAACUUAAAAAGAGUAUGGAUGGCAGAACAAAAAACCGAGGCAUAUAAAAAAAAGCAAGAGGAAUUACGUGUUCAAUAUGAAAAAGAGCAAGAACUACACGAAAAUAAAGCCUUAUUGAGUAAGGAUAGCAAAGAUAAAUUAAGUUUAAAUUUUAUGUAUGAACCACCACCUGGUGUAAAAAAAGAAAGAGAACGAGAAGAUAAUGAACCUGAAUAUAAAUUUGAAUGGCAACGCAAAUAUAAUGCACCAAGAGAAAGUUAUUGUAAAGGCGAUAAUGAAAUUCGUGAUCAACCAUUUGGCAUACUUGUUAGAAAUGUCAGAUGCAUUAAAUGCCAUAAAUGGGGUCACAUAAAUACAGAUAAAGAAUGCUCUAUGUAUUCACUGUCAAUGAGCGAAGCAAGGGCAUUGCAAGCAACAUCCUCAACUCAAGAAGAAGAAGAAGAAAAACCUGAUGUACCCACUUUGAUGCAACAAAUGCGUGAUACAGGAUUAGUAAUGAAACCAGGCGCAUUACCAUUAGCAGCCACAAAAAUGGAAGAAGAUGAUACUUCUGCUUUAUCUGAAGUUGAUCUCAUUAGUCAGUUGACAAAAAAACAAAAAAAGAAACUACUAAAGAAACUGGAGAAGAUGGAGAAAAAAAGGAUUAAAAAGGAGAAAAAACACAAACAAAAGUCAAAUAAC